AUGAAAACUCCAGAUGAACCAGAAUCACCAACUAAGCGGGACAAAUUGAAACCUUUGACUGAUAUGAAAACUCCAGAUGAACCUAAAUCGCUAUUAAAAGACGACAAAUUAAAACCUUUGACUGAUAUGAAAACUCCAGAUGAACCAGAAUCACCAACUAAACGGGAUAAAUUGAAACCUUUGACUGAUAUGAAAACACCAGAUGAACCUAAAUCGAUGUUAGGAGAGGACAAAAUAAAACCUUUGAAAGAUUUGAAAACUCCAGAUGAACCAGAAUCACCAACUAAACGGGAUAAAUUGAAACCUUUGACUGAUAUGAAAACUCCAGAUGAACCUAAAUCGCUAUUAAAAGACGACAAAUUAAAACCUUUGACUGAUAUGAAAACUCCAGAUGAACCAGAAUCACCAACUAAACGGGAUAAAUUGAAACCUUUGACUGAUAUGAAAACUCCUGACGAACCGGAAUCACCAACUAAACGGGACAAAUUAAAACCUUUGACUGAUAUGAAAACUCCAGAUGAACCUAAAUCGCCCUUAGGAGAGGACAAAUUAAAACCUUUGACUGAUAUGAAAACAGCAGAUGAACCUAAAUCGAUGUUAGGAGAGGACAAAUUGAAACCUUUGAAAGACACGAAAUCUCCAGCAGAACCGGAAUCACCAACUAAACGGGAUAAAUUAAAACCUAUGACUGAUAUGAAAACUCCAGAUGAACCUAAAUCGCCCUUAGGAGAAAACAAAAUAAAACCUUUGACUGAUAUGAAAACUCAAGAUGAACCUAAAUUGCUAUUAAAAGAAGACAAAUUAAAACCUUUGAAAGACAUGAAAUCUCCAGCAGAACCAGAAUCACCAACUAAACGGGACAAAUUAAAACCUUUGACUGAUAUGAAAACUCCUGAUGAACCCAAAUCGCCCUUAGGAGAGGACAAUUUAAAACCUUUGAAAGAUUUGAAAACUCCAGCAGAACCGGAAUCACCAACAAAACGUGAUAAAUUAAAACCUUUGACUGAUAUGAAAACACCAGAUGAACCUAAAUCGAUGUUAGGAGAGGACAAAAUAAAACCUUUGAAAGACUUGAAAUCUCCAGCAGAACCAGAAUCACCAACUAAACGGGACAAAUUGAAACCUUUGACUGAUAUGAAAACUCCAGAUGAACCUAAAUCGAUGUUAGGAGAGGACAAAAUAAAACCUUUGAAAGACAUGAAAUCUCCAGCAGAACCGGAAUCACCAACUAAACGGGAUAAAUUGAAACCUUUGACUGAUAUGAAAUCUCCGUCGGAACCAGAAUCACCAACUAAGCGGGACAAAUUGAAACCUUUGACUGAUAUGAAAACUCCUGAUGAACCUAAAUCGAUGUUAGGAGAGGACAAAAUAAAACCUUUGAAAGACUUGAAAUCUCCAGCAGAACCAGAAUCACCAACUAAACGGGACAAAUUGAAACCUUUGACUGAUAUGAAAUCUCCAGCAGAACCGGAAUCACCAACUAAACGCGAUAAAUUGAAACCUUUGACUGAUAUGAAAUCUCCGUUUCAACCAGAAUCACCAACUAAACGGGACAAAUUGAAACCUUUGACUGAUAUGAAAACACCAGAUGAACCUAAAUCGAUGUUAGGAGAGGACAAAAUAAAACCUUUGAAAGACAUGAAAUCUCCGUCGGAACCGGAAUCACCAACUAAACGCGAUAAAUUGAAACCUUUGACUGAUAUGACAUCUCCGUCGCAACCAGAAUCACCAACUAAACGGGACAAAUUGAAACCUUUGACUGAUAUGAAAACUCCUGAUGAACCUAAAUCGAUGUUAGGAGAGGACAAAAUAAAACCUUUGAAAGACUUGAAAUCUCCAGCAGAACCAGAAUCACCAACUAAACGGGACAAAUUAAAACCUUUGACUGAUAUGAAAUCUCCAGCAGAACCGGAAUCACCAACUAAACGUGAUAAAUUGAAACCUUUGACUGAUAUGAAAACACCAGAUGAACCUAAAUCGAUGUUAGGAGAGGACAAUUUAAAACCUUUGAAAGAUUUGAAAACUCCAGCAGAACCGGAAUCACCAACAAAACGUGAUAAAUUAAAACCUUUGACUGAUAUGAAAACACCAGAUGAACCUAAAUCGAUGUUAGGAGAGGACAAAAUAAAACCUUUGAAAGACUUGAAAUCUCCAGCAGAACCAGAAUCACCAACUAAACGGGACAAUUUAAAACCUUUGACUGAUAUGAAAUCUCCAGCAGAACCGGAAUCACCAACUAAACGGGACAAAUUGAAACCUUUGACUGAUAUGAAAACACCAGAUGAACCUAAAUCGAUGUUAGGAGAGUACAAAAUAAAACCUUUGAAAGACUUGAAAUCUCCAGCAGAACCGGAAUCACCAACUAAACGUGAUAAAUUGAAACCUUUGACUGAUAUGAAAACACCAGAUGAACCUAAAUCGAUGUUAGGAGAGGACAAAAUAAAACCUUUGAAAGACAUGAAAUCACCGUCGGAACCAGAAUCACCAACUAAACGAGAUAAAUUGAAACCUUUGACUGAUAUGAUAACUCCUGAUGAACCGGAAUUACCAACAAAACGUGAUAAAUUAAAACCAUUGAAAGACAUGAAAUCUCCGUCGGAACCAGAAUCACCAACAAAAGGCAAUAAAAUGAAACCUUUGACUGAUAGUUUAUCAAAGAAACUUCCUUACGAGGAAAUGUAUAAUAAAAUUCGUCCUAAAUUUUCUUACGGUGUUGAUGAUGAUGAUGAAUUCGAGGAUGCUAGUGAUUCUUUAUGUCUUCCAAAUGUAGAAAAAGGUAAAACCGAUGAAUUUUCUGAACCGGGUUUAACUGGAAUAAAAUGUUUUAUACAUAAAUCUGCGAGAUUUUUAGCCAGUCCAGCUUGGUCAUUUGAAGAGGACGAACAAGAUAUUUUCGAUAAAGAAUCAAAAUUGUCACCUCACUUGUCACCUCGUCAACUUUUGAAAUCUCCGUUAUCAUCGAAAAAAUUCGAAAAAGAUAAGCACGAUUUUGAUAAUAUUUUAAAGGAUAAGAAAAAGGUUGAUGAUCCUAUGGAAGUGAAAGAAUUAUCCGUAAAACGAAUUUUCAACGAAACCGAAAGGGUCGAAGAGCCUAAACUUUGUGAUGAUAAAUCGGAUGGUGAAAAUGAAAAAACAUUUGAUGAAGCCGCUCCUGUCGACGAAAACAUUACGCCUUCAGUACCGGAUGAAGGUUUAAAUAAAGAAGAAAUAAUGAUACAACAGGAUUUGGAGAAACAUCCGACGGAAGAAAUAUACGGUAGUAACAUAAUAAAAACAACGGAAUUAUUUUUAUUCUCGGAAAUAUACUACGUCAUGCCAUACAUUCCAACAAAAAAACCAGAUGUGAAAAAGGUUACGAAAAAUGAAAUAAAACCCGAAGAGAUAAGAGAGGAGCCAUCACAAGAACUUCCAAUAAAGCCUCAAGAAAAAAGCGAUCAAAAACUUCCCACUCCCACCACCGAUGGUGUCGAUGAUAAAGAUGGCGACGUUUUAUCGAAACUUCAAAAAAUGGACCCAAAUAAAUUUACCGAACCGGAUAAAAUUGGUGAAACGGAAAAAGAGACAAAAGAAGACAAAAACAAAACAGAACCUGUUCAAACGAAACCAACUGACGUAACGAAGUCUCCUGAUAAAGUCACGGAAGACGAUAAAGUAGACAAAACGGAAAUAGUUGAACCGGUAAAAGAAAUCGAAACGAAAUUAUCUACCGUCGAAAAACUCGAAUCCGUUAAAAAAAGUUUGACCGAUGAAAAAACAAGAGAACCCACGGGACCAGAGGAAGUAACACGUGACGACAUAACAAAAGACAAAACGACGGAUUUAGAUACGAGUGACCUUGACACAGAAUCAAAAGAAACAACAUUACCAAAGACGGCAGACGAUAAUAAAAAAACGGUUGUUGAAAAGGAUAGUCCGAUCGAUUCGACAACGACGGAACCACUAUUCAAAACCAUCAAACAUAAAAAACCAAUUAACGAAAGUAAAGAAUUGCCUAAAAAAAUGAAACGUGCGACGGCGGAUACGGUAGGAAAAGGUACGGUUAAAACGAAAAAAUAUUCAUCGUCGUCGGAAGAAGAAAAACCGGAAAGAAAAUUUCAUAGAAAAGUCAAAAGUGACGGAAAAGAAUCAUCAUCGUCACCUCGUACUAAAACCACGUCGGAAUCUGAUAAAUCAUACGACGAUGGAAAACAAGAUAAAAUAUUACAUACUUUGUCGAAGCAACAGCAACAACCACAACAACAACAACCCACGAGAUCUCUUCCGAUACCGGUAAAACCGGAAACUCGUGAUGGUUUCGGUCACGAUCAAUUGGAUUCGUUAGAAUCAGGAACUUCAUUACAAUCAAAUUAUACAUAUUCUGAUGAAUCGGAAUAUAAAGAAUCGAGUGCGUCGCAAAGAGAAGAAGAAUAUGAAGAAUACGAAGAAGAGGAAGAUGAAGAUGAAGAAAAAGUGGAAGAAGAAGAUUUCGUGGAGGAGGAAGAAGAAGAAGAAGAAGGAGAAGAUGAAUCAUUAAAUUCUAAAGAUUCAUUAAACACGUCGCUAGAACCGCCGGAUUCACUAAUGCAAGAUAAAGAAAGUUCGAAAAGAUCGGAAAUGGAUUCUUUAGAAAUUAAAAAAGUCGAUUCGAAAGAAUCCUUGCUCGAAGAUUCUUUGGAUAAUUUACCGACGCAAAGCGCACAUUCAACAAUGGAUUCUUUGGAAGGAAUAUCCGACGGUCAAAUGAAAUUUUACGAUUCGUUAAAACCCACGGAUGUUGACAUGAUGACGACGUCGAAAGAUUCACUUGAAGGAGAUUCAAAAACGGAUGACAGAUUUGAGGUCGUGGAACCAGAUUCGGAAUCGGAUACCAAACCGAUUUUUAAUAAUAUGAGAGAAAGAAGAAAGCAAACUUUUACUUCUUUGAAACAUCCUCAUUCAUUUGUGGCGGUAAAACCACCGAUUGAAGAAACGGUAAAAUUUAAAGAAGUUUCGCAAAAAGACAUCGUCAUGAAAAAUGAUAUUUUAGAAGUGACCGUUUCGGAACCGGUUACGGAAAUUUCAAAAAGGAAAAAAGUACCGGAAUAUCAAAAACCGCAUGUUGAAAAAAUCUCCCUCGUACCAUCCUAUAGAAAAUCGUAUUUCGAUGUCGAUGACAAAACUUACGCAAGACGAAAACCGAUAUCGAAAACCGCGACGACAACAACAACAACUCAUAAGUCACAAACGGAAGUUAUAAAAACAAAAAAAAUUGGCGGGAAAAAACCAUCUUUGGUACAAAAAGAUACCACGAUCGACGAUAAAGAAAAAACCGAUGGUAAAUUGUCAUCUGAUGAAAUGCCCAAGCAGAAAACCAGAGUACCGAGACUUCCGCAGAAAGUUGAAAAAGAUACGCGAAACAUUUUGAAAAAAGAAAUGGGAAGUCGAAUAAUGCGUAAAAAACCGGAAACGCAAACAGUUUCCGACGUAACGAGAACGAAAACUAUACGUAAAAAAAUUAGUAAAGAAGAAUCGAUAUCGGACGAUAACAAAAAGGAUAAUUCAUUAUCCGAAUCGUCACAGAGAGAAAGUUCCGUGGAGAAACAUCGAAGAAGUGUUAAAAACGAUCCGACGGGUGUGACGAAAACGAGAAGGAUCACGAGUACGACGACAAUCGUCGCGACGAAGAAAAUCCCGCAAGAACAAGAAAUGAAACCAUUACCACCUUCGAGAAAAAUAAGACCGGGAGAAACGAAAGGUUACAUGGCGACAACCAUAGCCUACUCGAGCCGUCAUAAAAGUACGUCGGAAUCAUCAGCAACAUCGGCAUCAAUAAAAGCAUCGAGGGAAAAUCUAAGAGUGAAAUCAUCGGACUUGAGAAAAUCAGACGAUAUAUUUUUGUCCGCGAGCGAUUUGGCAAAAUAUCCGUUAAAAAAACAACCGGAACAAAACAACGAAACUAAAAUGAGAAAAAUGAAAAGAGUAACGGAGAGAAAACUGGAAAAGCAAACCAAAGAAAUCGUUCAAACGGUAAAAAUAACAAAAAUCAUUCCGGAACAUCAUCGAACGAUAGAAAAAGGUUUGAAAGAACCUAAAGAAAAAACUGGAAAAGAAGAUAAGAAAAAAGAAUCUCUAGUCGCCGAUGAGAAAACCGUUAAAAAAAUUCCAGGAAAACAAACGACGAAACCUUAUAAAACUCAUGACGUCACAGUACAUAAAACGGAAUCGCGUUUGAAAAAACCAUCGAUCGAACAUUCACCCUCGUCACCGAUGAAGAAACGAACGGCAGCGGAAAAAUCCGAAUCGAUGAUACCGAAACCCGAUAAAAAAAAAUUAACGAAAAUAUCAUCGUCGUCUGCUACGAAAAUAAUACCUUCUGCUUUGACCGCGACGAGAAGUGACGUCAAAAAAGAAAAAGAAAAACCCAAAAAAGAAGAAGAUAAAACCGAGAAGGGUAUUGCCGACAAUACGUCAUCGGAACCAGAAUCGAGGAGUGCAUCCGCUCCACCUUGUCAACCCACCAAAGACGGAAAUUUGGAACCUUUGAACGUUUUAUUACAAUCCAUACCCGAACAGGGACGCCGUCAGAGCGGUCCGAGUCCUCUUAGAUCGAAACUCGUGUCUUCGGCUCCUAGUAAAAUCGAAACUGGUUUCGGACAAUCCUCCCUUCCGUCGAGCCCGUUAAAACGUCCGAAAAGUGCGAACGGAGUGUUUCGCGUAACGUCGGAAGUAUUCACGCGAACGUUCGAAAAAUCGGGUCCGCUCGAAGUCGUGUACAAACAACCGAGCGCGAACGAAGUUUUGCAAAGGAUCGCGACCGUGCAGUAUACGAGUAAAAAACCGGAAGUGACCGCGGAAGGUGAAUCGUCCAUGAUCGAUACGACGGAUUCGUCGUUGAGUGAUUCCGUCGCUUUACCGAGUUCUCCGUCGGACGCGGAAGGUAGUGUCGGUGGUAACGUGAAAAUAAGCAAAAAACAACAACAACAACAACAACAACAACCUUCCUCCUCCUCCUCGCCUCAGAAAAUGAAAAAGCGUUCUUCCGACAUAACUGACGUGUGUAAAAAAUUUGACAUGACGAUAACAAUAGAACCGGACCAUGACACGAAUAACAAAUCCAACAAAAUGUCUUCUUCUUCUUCUCCUUCUAAAAUACCUUUGUCACCAUCUCCCGCUCACGUUCACGAAGAACGCAUUUCUCCCAUUUUAGACGUUCGUUUGGUAACACCGGAAAAAACGAUGCGUAAACAAUACGAUAGCAAAGAUGGAGAUUCGACGAAAUCCGAUACAGAUUGGAGUGAAAAAGGACAAAGCGAAGAAUACGUUUACGAAACGAAAGAUUUAGAAGAGCGUCAACGGUUACCCGGUGUCCAUUCACUGGAACGAAAUUCAACAGAUCCAAUGUCACGCUUUUUAUCCUCUCGAUCCUUUGAAAAAUCCCCUGUGAAAUCCCAAAUUCCAAAUGUGAAAACGUCGACGGUAAAAAAUGAUGAGAAAUCGUACGGUGACGCGAAGUCGGAUAGGGGGAAUAUUAGCAAAAAGUUAGAAAAAGUUGAGGGUGAUCCUGGUGACGGUCGCGACGGUGACGACGAAUCAAAAUUUGAUUUUUAUCAAUCGGAUGAAUUCGAACGGAUGUUAGUCAAUCAAGGGAUAUUAUCCGUUAGCGAUUAUAAUACAAGCAUAAAACUUUUAGAACCUAGCGAACAAGAAUUCGAUAAAAUAUUAGAAGAAACCUGCGAAGAAUUUAAAAAUUUAAAAAGCAAAACGUCUUCUGCUUUUAAAUCGUCGCCGCGGGAUAAAAUGAUCGCGGAUAAAACCGCGGUUCGUCGAGACGAGUCGUCGUUAGGAAAAAAAAUAAAAACACCGAAUUCGAUUUUGGGAAAAACGGAAAGUGUAAUAAAACGUUUACCGGAAACGAUUCCUCCGUCUUAUACAAACACGAUAAAACAAUCGAAAGCGUUACCUCCUCGUUCAGACGCUAGCAGUAACGUUGUUAUUUUAAACAAACGGAAACAAAAACUCACUCCGGCGGAAAUAAAAAAAAUGGAAGAAAUUUUAUUACUACACAGAAUCGACGGCGAUGGUGACGCUGACGUGAAAGAUCGUAAAAAACCGAUCCGAACGAGUCAAUCGGAACCGGAAAAAACAUCGCAAGUGAUUUUCACUAAAACAAACAUCGAUCGACGCGUACCUGAUUUUAAUCCAACUUCCGGUUUCGCCCCUCAGAAAGUAUCAAAAACAUCCGUCGAUGACGUAGGGAAAAAUUUUCGGGUGACGCAAUCAAAACCGCCGACGGAUGAUGUGAUCGAAUACACUCAUUAUAAAAAAAAAACGGUGACGGUCGUUACGACGAGCAAAACCGGAAAACCGGAAUCACAAACCGGAAACAACGAUAAAUUAGAUUCGUUGAUUUUUUUACUAUCGAAAAAAGGAAAUGAAAAUUCGUAUCGCGACGCCAUAAUUCACAGUCCCGUGUGCGAUUCGUACUGCAACUAUUAUAGAAAGGAAAACGAUUCAAGUUUUAAUAAUAAUUUUCAAUAUGGCGGAAAAUCGUACGGAAAACCAAAGGAUAGAAUUUUUUAUUCGUCCGUCGAUGAUUUCAUAAGAAAAUUAAAUCAGAGCGACGUCGAUACCUGGCUCAUGGAAAACGGUGGGGCUUCUUUUAAAACGCGUCGUCACUCCAGUAAAAGUUUAGGAAAUUUAAAAUCGGAAUUUAUGACUGAUUCGAAAAGCGAAGCGUUGUCGAAAAGCGUUUUAGAUUUGCGAAAAGUCGGACUCCCGAAAAAUUCAAAAGGUUCGAUAUUCGAAAUAUCGGAAGAGGGAGGAGAUAGCGAAGAUAUUGAAAAUCCUCGAAUCGUUUUAUCGAUUCGAGAUAUCGAUCCGACGAAAGCACAAAUACAAAUAAGUAAUUGGAGUGGUGGGAACGGGUGGGAAAAAAAAUUACCCGCCAUUAAAAGUCACGUGUUCGAUAGAAGAUGUUCGGAAGUUUUCGGGCAAAGAGCCGACGCGUCACCGUAUUUGAAUGAUACUACUUCCGCCGCUUUAUCGAAACCCAUGACGUUAUCGUUGCAAUCGUUAAAUUCCGACCGGAAAAGGAAAACGGCCCGGGAAAAAUACGAAAAAUUACAAUCGAUGGAAUGUUUGAUAGAAAAUCGUGACGUCGGACGAGCGGAUACGGAAAGACGACGUUUUCCGACGGACUCGUUUGACGUGGGUGAAAAUACAAAAACGGAUAACUCUCUUUUCAUAAAUCGUAUCUACGUUCACACGCCCUACGAGAAAGAAUUUAGAGAUUUGACGAAACCUAAAAAACCCAAAUCGAUAUUGAAAAAAACAUCGUCGUAUAAUUUCAAACCCCUUUUCGAAUCCAUAUCUCUGACGUCACUUCCGCAAGACGAUCAUUAUAAAUCGUCGAUGAAGUUUAGUAAAGGCGGUGGCUCGGCGGUUAUGAAAACUCCUCGCGGAGGGAAAAAAUCACAAAGUUGCGGAAACAUACUUUCAAAUUUAAAAUCGUCGUAUCGCGUAUCGAAAGAUACGGAAAAUCGUCGUCUCAAUUCGAUUCGUCGGAUUCAUCAUGGAGAAUGA